AUGAAGAACAGAGACUCUGUUCCGUUGCUGCUAGUACUCCUCCUCCUUGUUUCCAGUGGGAUUCUUCUUCUACCCUGUUAUGCAUCUGAACUCAGCAGCUCUGCCAACGACACUCAAGCUCAUCGUCAUCCGCCCGCGAAAGCAUUGCAUCUAGAGGCAGAUCAUGAUGAAAUGGGUGAAGGAGGAGAGAGGCUGAAAGAGACGGAGAGGAAAGGCGGGAAAGGCGGCGCCGGGAAGGGAGCUUACGGCGGAGCAGAUGUGCUCCGACAGCCUAACCAGCGGCGGAGCGGCGGAGGAGACUCGGCGAUGUUCAGAUCGAUGUCGUCUCUGUUUCCGUCAGCUGGUGGAAUGAUGAUGAUAAUGAUGGUUCUCUUUCUCGGCUUCAGUUGA